AUGAUCCGAAAAAACUAUAAUUUAGCCGAAGAUCUCCGGAAACAGGAAAAACGCAAGCAGGGUGCCAUCCAGAAGCGCCAGAAACACCAGCUACAGCUUGAGAGAGCUCAAAACACAGAUCCUUUCAGACUUUAUAGCCGAAUACAACGACUAAAAGAUGACAAAAACAGCGACAAGAAGCUAAUUGCUCGUCUAGAAGACGACUGGGACUUCAUCAGGAAGAACGGGAUACACAAGGAUAAGUUGGAGCCGUUUUUGGCUCGAAUAAAUGAAAAAAAUGAACGUCUCGAACAACAAAAAUCCAAAUUGUGGGGUAUGAAGUCUGUGUAUUUCAACCCUGAAUUGAACCCGUUGGGAAAGGUUCCUCAGAUAUCUCAAAACGAGGCAUUGCCUAAUUCCACUAUUCCUUUAGAUUCGAAAUUUAACCAUCCUAAAGACCCACGAAUACUCUCCAUGGCCAUACCUCUACCUCCAGGCGAGCCUCCAAAAUACUACAAAUUAGUGCAAAAUUUUGGAGACAAUCACAAAAGUGUCAUUGAGUCUUCAAGUACAACUUCCGAAAUGUUUGUUCCAACCCAAACUUUAAAGCGAAGUCGAACUUCGAACGAGAUGGCACCAGAGGAAGAGGAGUACAAACGACAAAAAGACUCUUUUUGA